AUGUAGUACAUGCGACUCGUCGCCAGAUGACGCCAUGUUUCAGAGCUAUGGGGAAGCGAAAAACUCCUUCAGCUUCCCCUUCUCCCUCGCCCCGAGAGCACCGCUCUCGCUCCUCAUUGUGUUUCUUGGCGCCGAUGACGACGGACGUCAGAGUUAUAUAAGUUUUAAAAUUUUUAAGUUUUAAGUUUUUUCUUGGCAAUGCCGAAGAGGAAGGACCCCGAUCAAGAGAGAAUUAGGCAGCUAGAGUGGGAGAACGACCUUUUACAACGGGAGUUGUAUCUGGCCAAAAGUAAAAUGAACGAGACAAACGCUUCCGAUUCCGAGGAGAGUCAAGCAGAUCUCACGCAAGAUCCGGACAUCGAGCCGCCGCCGCACAAGAAGACAAAGAAGGAUCUAGGCGAGUCUCCACCCGCUACUUCCGACACAACCGACGACACAGGGGACAAGGAGAAUGCGGGGGAUUCGGAGGACGAAGAGGAAAUCGCGUUUCUUGGGGAUAACCCAGCGACAACGAAAGGCUCGGAGGUUAAGUUGUCACCCGGCCUCUGUCAGAGAUUGAAGCUGUGGAUGACGACAGGCCUGACUGAGGAGGAGAAAAAGACGUUGCUCGAUAGUAUUCCUAGAAAAGGAAAUUUCUCCUUUGAAGCACCUAUUCUAAAUGAGGAGGUUAUUAUAGGAAUGACAGAGAUCGCCAUUAAACGCGACGCAUUUUUCGUAAACCACCAAACGUUGGCGGGCUCAGCGUUGUCACAGGUGUCGGCAGUCCUUCAAGCCAUCUUCAAUGAUGACACACAGCCUGUACAACGCGACGACAUCUUGGAAAAGCUGUCCUCCAGCGUGAAACUGCUUGCGGAAUUGAUACGCACCUUGUCUGCCACGAGAAAAUCGUUCAUCACGCCCGGCUUCGAGAAAAAUAUGAGAUCGACCUUAGAAAAGGCCAUACCAGAGCAAUACCUGUUCGGUAAUAAGAUACAGGAGCUUGUGAUAGGCACGGAGGCUUUGGUGAAGGUAUCAAAGCAAAUCAAAGCUCCGCCCGCAAAGAAGCCGUUACAGACAAACAAUUCUUUAAACUGGGCACGUGCUUCCGGGAAAAAGAGGCGGGACGGACUGCACAGAGGAACAACCAACAACGGCAAACCGCCUCAAAGUCAUCAACUUUCAACAAGCCCCAUACGCAGAAUCGACGUUACAACCAGUCGCAGCCCAUGCAGCAGACUUCAAGGACAUCGUACAGGUCACGACGCUAAACGUGGAGGAAACUCACGCACCCUUUAGCGUCCCAGCUUUCACUGAUUGUCGGAGUAUUGUCCGGGAAGCAUACAGGCAGAAGGGCCUAGAAGAAGCGCCAGUUGAGAUUAUAGUAUCUUCGCUAUCCGAAAAUACUUAUAAACAGUACAAUUCAGCGCUGAAGACAUGGUGGUACCACUGUUCUGUAAAAGGAUACAAUCCUUACGAUGCCAAAGACAAAACAGUCUUAGAAUUUCUAGCUGAUAGGUUGAAUGCAGGGGCGGCAUACGGUACUUUGAACACAAUGAGAUCUGCGAUCUCCUUAAUAUCGUCGGACGAUAUCUCGAAUAAUAGUUCUAUUAAUUGGUUUUUCAAAGGAGUAUAUAGAUUAAGACCAACGGCACCCAAGUAUAAUAAAACCUGGGAUGUAGAUAUUGUAUUAAACAAAUUGGAAAAAGCACAUCCGCUUGCUUCGUUGGAUCUUAAAAGUUUGACAGAAAAAUUAGUUAUGUUAAUAGCUUUAGGGACAAGCUUUCGAGUUCAGUCAAUUGCGUUAAUUAGUUUAGACACUAUUUCCUUCAACUCAAAAGGGGCUGAAAUAAAGAUUAAAGAGUUAAUAAAAACGUCAAGGCCAGGGGCGUAUCAACCUUUCGCCGCAUUACCUUAUUUUAAAGAGAGACCAGGAGUUUGUAUUGCGAGCAUUUUACGCUAUUAUGUUGACUACACAAAAGCAAUUCGUGGCAAUACACAAAAAUUAAUCCUCACUUAUAAGAAACCUUACAAGGCAGCGUACUCGCAAACUAUAAGUAGAUGGAUGAAGAAUGUUUUACACGAUUGCGGGAUCGAUAAAAGUUUCACGGGCCAUAGUACAAGGCAUGCGUCGACCUCCAAAGCCCUUAAAGAGGGACUAAGUAUUAGCGCGAUCAAAAAUGCAGCAGGAUGGUCACGCGAAUCGCAGGUCUUUGCAAAAUUUUAUAACAAGCCUAUUGAAUCUGUAGAAGAUAAUUUUGCAAAGGUUGUAUUUUGUUAAUUCCGAAUUACUAACAGUUUCCUUUUUCUAUUGAUGUUCGAAUGUUUUGUAUUAGAGAAUGGAUGAAUGAAUAAAUAUAUAUACAUGUAUAUAUGUACAAGGGGAGGUUUCUCUGAACAUCUACAUAGUUAAUCUCUUCGAACGACGAACGAAAUAUAAUUAAGGAUCAAACGAACUUACCUAAGUGACGUUCGAUCCAAAUUAUAUGAGUUCUCGUUCGAAGAGAUUAAAUUCCCUCCCAUUUGAAAAAUAUGCCCUCCCUUAAAAUAAACCUCUAAACUAUAAUGAGGAGCGAGAGCGGUGCUCUCGGGGCGAGGGAGAAGGGGAAGCUGAAGGAGUUUUUCGCUUCCCCAUAGCUCUGAAACAUGGCGUCAUCUGGCGACGAGUCGCAUGUACUACAUAGUUAAUCUCUUCGAACGAGAACUCAUAUAAUUUGGAUCGAACGUCACUUAGGUAAGUUCGUUUGAUCCUCAAUUAUAGGACAUACUGGGAUACACCUAAUCAACGACGUUCGAUACUAAAGCUUCUUGCAUUAGUCAAAUGCCUUAAUUAUUAUUAUAUCCUCAUGCUAUUAAAGCUGGGAACCGAAUGCAUAGUAAAUGUUCUGGGAUCCAUUAUAUUCUAAUAACACUUGAACAUCUUAGUGCGCGGUAUGAAUAUUUGAUUGUAAGAGGAUCAAGAAACGAAAAGAUAAAUCUUGUAACUUAUUAUUUACUUAUUAUUUUUUUUUCUUCUCAGACACAUUGAUUCUAACCUGCCCACAGGUGGCGCGCGGCGCGCGAUAUUUGAAUUCAAAUAAAUGUCCCUAGGUAUUCAUCGGAGCCUUGUAUAAGAAGCGAAACUAGAAAUUUAUCUCGAAAACGCAAAAAAAUCAUAUCAAUACGCACUAAUUUAUUUAUUAAAAUAUGUAUGCGAAGCAUAAUAUACGUAUAUACUACGGUAAAAAAAAAAUAGCAUUUCCAACAUUUACAAUAAAAAUUUUAUUCAGAUUGAAUUUAUAAAACUUAAAAUUAAAAUUAUUAGUCGUAUUAGACAAAAAAUGAAAAAUACGCAAUUUUACGAAAAAACGAUAAAAACUUUGUUUUAGUAUUUUGCUUGUAACUUUGCGGAAAUUUUUUUUAUAAGCAAUAAAAAAAUCGACUUUUCUUUAUACCUCGGUCGAAAGUACGUACGUCCCGCAUCUAUUUCAAUGCAGAAAGUCCGAAAUUUGUGCACUGAUGGGGGAUUUUGUUUUAGUAUUUUGCUUGUAACUUUGCGGAAUAUUUUUUUGUUGAUAAACGGGUUUCGGGAGCGUGUUCUACGGAACAUUUCCUGUCAAAAUAAGCAAUAAAAAAAUCGACAUUUUUUCGACAUUUAAAGGUGUUGUGUCCCCUUAAACAUUGAAAUCGAAUCGUAUAACAUUACCAAAUAUAGUCGUAGUAUACUUCACAGAUCCUUAGUGCGGACUGAAGCAUUAAUUAAGAUCAAGAGUAUAUACCCGUAAAUUAAUCGAAGAACCCUUUUGACAAAACCGUCCUGAUCAUACGAUCUACACCUUGACGACGACACUGAUCAAUGCAUUUCCGAAAACCGUAGCUUGAUGGCAGCUCUGUGUACGGACUACUAAAUAUUACAGACCCAUUAAACAUGUCCGCAAGUUGCUUCAUUAAUGGUCAAUGAUAUUAAAAUCAAGGCUUGGAUUGCAAUCAGCAGUAGUGCAAAAUUAAUUUUCAACUUACAAGAUGCUACGAGAGAAAACGCAAUGAAUCUGAGUUGAAAUAGAAAAAAAAUUAAAUUAAUUUGAUUGUUAAAUCAAAGUAAAACUGAGAAAUGUAGAAAAAGGUGAAACAAGCAAAGAAAAUUUAAGAAAGAAUACGAAGGAAAUGGAGAAAGGGCCAAAAAAAGAUCGUUUUUAGGGUAGAGAAUCUCACAGACCACGUAAAAGGCAAGCCAUCGACGAGUUUGUCCAGGAGGAGGUAAGGCCACGUGAUGCAUAGAAAUGUCUUCGAUCGGCAGUGGAAUGAAAGCAGCAUUAGUGUAUACCGACGACGUCGAAAGGAUGACGCAUAUUGGAGACGGCAAAGUGGAGAUGGAGAAGAAGGUCGAAGACCCGAGGAUAAGAGAGAAAAGGGACGAGUCUUCUUUGGAGAUAGAAUGAGGCAAACGAUCUCGCUUGUCGAUGAUUUGAUUUUGCGCAAUUUUUCGCUCGGGAAUUCGAGGACCUUUUUCCGAUACUGCUGCUGACGAUUUUUUGCGCUGACGUUGGGAUUUCUGAGUUUUCGGAAAGGGGGAUUCCACUUUCAUUAUUCUUAUUAGUGAAUUGGCUUUUGCAGUUGGAACUAAGAGGAUGUUUC